GACGGUUGCAUGCAGACUUUUGUUGAUUUUCUUGAUCCAGUAGCAGCAGGGUAUACCGCUGACAUGUCAAGCAUCCGUCCGUAACUCAUUCGUCUUGACACUUGCUCCCAGGGACUUCUACCAAAGCCAAGAGCACAGUCAACGCUACUGAUCAACCAAGAAAUUGUCUGCACAAGAAACCAUCGGAAACCGGCUUUAGACGUCUGACGAACGGGUUGGGCCGACUGUCAUCAGCGAGCGGACGGCUACAGCGGCGGGCAGACCAUAGUCCAGCUUUCCUCACCUCACAACUCUCAGUCUUACUCUCGCCACACAGAGCACGACGGCUGAGCUCGUUCCCAGGUCAUGCAGAGGUUUAAUCUCGUCCCCCAACUCGUACCAGCCUUCAUGUACGGCCGCUGGACGGCGCACACUUGGCCCCAGGACUGGAUGGCGUCUAGCAGUGACGUGAAGCCGCACCCGGCAGCGCUCGGGAUGGCCGCGGCCGCAGCAACAGGGCUCGGCGGGACCACCGACGGCACCGCCCGCCCGAUCACCCCCAGCGCUUCGGACGAAGACUCCCUCGGGCCAACCUCGCUGGAAGGCGGAGCCGAGUCCCCCUGCGUCCCCCGCACCGACGAUAUCACGCCAGCAGCCACUGUGUCGGCAGGCUCGCCCGUCGGGAAGGACUCCGGUAGCGGGUCCACGCCGUCUACGCAGGACGUCACGCAAGACGACGACGAGAUGCGGAAGCGACGGCGGCAGCGUCGGCAGAGGACGCACUUCACGUCGCAGCAGCUCCAGGAGCUGGAGGCCUCCUUCGCGCGGAAUCGCUACCCCGACAUGGCGACACGGGAGGAGAUCGCCGCCUGGACCAACCUCACAGAGGCCAGAGUUAGGGUCUGGUUCAAGAACCGGCGGGCCAAGUGGCGGAAGCGCGAGCGAAAUCAGCUGGGAGAAUUCAAGAACGGCUUCGGUCCUCACUUCAACGGGUUGAUGCAACCGUUCGACGACGGACUGUACUCCGGCUACUCGCCGGCCUACAACAACUGGGCGGCGAAGGUGCCGAGCCCGCUCACCGCCAAGUCCUUCCCGUGGGGACUCAACUCCAGCGGCGUGCCCAACGUCAACCCGCUGUCGUCUCAGGCCAUGUGCUUCACCCCGCCGACCACCAUCGGCACCGCCACCACCAUGGUGCCGAGCAUGAACGUCGGCAACGGCUUGAAUUCCCUGAGCAGCCUGCAGAACCCGACGGUCGCGCCGUGCCCCUACGCCUCCCCCGGGCAGCCUUACGCUUACCGUGAGCAGUGCAAUUCCAGUAUCGCGGCCCUGCGACUGAAGGCCAAGCAACACUCCACGUCGGUCGCGUCCAGCUUCUCCUACCCGAGCCCCGUCCGCCAACAAACCCUCUCCGCCUGCCAGUACGCCGUCGACCGGCCCGUCUGACUGUCCUUCCCGACCCCCCUACUUCAUCAACCGUUCGUAGGACAUUUCCCCGCAGACAGAAAAAAGACUCUGCACACAUUCUCCUCUAUCUACAAACUCUGAGACUAUACCGCUGAAUCGACUCGAUUUUUCGUGGAGAAAUCAUGUAAAUAUCAUCAGAGAAAACAAAGAGAAUGGACUCUUUAUUUAAACGUUGGCGUAUGGGAUUUGUUUGCUAAAGAAAUGAAAUGAAGACAAAUUAUUUUAAGUUAGAACAAAGUAAUAGUUCAGUAGAUACACUCCUUGUUUCACGCACUUCAAAGUUGAAGGAAAUGUUCUCUGUUUUUUUUCCUGCACGGAAAAAAGGAAUUCCUAAAGAGUAUUCAGCUGUUCAGAGUUCGUCGAUUCCAGUAUUCAACAUUUUAUCGAUGUUUUGUAUCGAAAAUAGAGUAUAACACAUAACAGAUGUAGCUUGUUCUUAGAUUUUAUAUAUUUUAUCACACGUAUUGUAAGAGAUCAUUCUAUUUAUGUGGUGUCAGCUGUCGAUAUUUAAAGCACAACAAUCCACGCUUUCGCUGCGUAGUUGGAGCUGUACGUUCAGUAGAUGUUGUUGUUAUUUUCUUUUCCCUUGUUGUUCAAUGCUUAUUGAUUCCAGAGUGCAUCCAAUCGUCGCUUGUAUAUCUUCUAUUGUGCCUACAGAAAGUAAAACUCCUUGUGUAUAGAUGUUCCGUAUUUGUUUCGCAGAGAGACAUCCUCGCUCAAUGGACGAAAAAAAUCUCUGUACAUUAAAAGAGGGUUUAAAAUCUA